AUGGAGCUCAAUUCUUUGGAUGAAGGGCGAGAGAAAGCUUACCAAUUCACAAUUGUUGCUGCAAUGUUCACUGCAGUCCUAUCAAUUAUUACAUUUAUGGCGUUAACGCUAAUUAUAAGCUGCUCUAUAAACUAUACCAGUCGCAAUAUACAGAAUGAGCUCUUUUUAUGUGAAGAAAGUGCACUUAAUUAUCUUAAUUAUAUGGAUACAAAAUUAUAUACUCAAAAUGAUAAUGCGAUAGCAAAAAAUGCGAGCAUUCAAAACGUGCAACUUAACAAGUUUGACGUCAUAUUCCAAUAUUUAAUGUGUUCCCGAAAUUCGAGCAAUUGCCAAAGAAAGUGGCAGAGAAUUCAACGUGAUAAAAAUCCAUCAAAUUUUGAAUUGCCAUCGGUGUCGAAAUUCCGAGUCAAUUACGCAUCAUCAUUACAUUCAGUACAGUUGAGACGGGAAUCUGGAAAGAGUAUUAGGAAACAACGUGAAAUAGCAUUGCUAGAAUCUGAAGUUGCUAAUUUAAGUAAUGACGCUGGCGAGAAUACUGCUUAUUUACACAAUGAAUCUUCACAAGUGUUGAACAGUGAACGUGGAUUUAUAUAUGUUCAUGAUCUGCCAUUCACUAAAAAAGAUUCAGAUUACUUUGUGGAAGCGAUAAACCCUGAAAUACACUCUGCACAAAGAGAUGCAAUUCUCGUUCAGCAUGACGACAAGAGGUGUAGGUGUUCUCCCCGACCUGGUCAUAAAGGUUUACCAGGUCGCAAAGGACUAAGAGGUCCUCCAGGUGCUCCAGGAGCUCCUGGAUAUCCUGCUCGUUUACCUUGUCUUCCACCAACUGAUUUGAAAAAGAUAUGCGCUGAUCCAUGUCCUAUUGGAAAACAAGGGAAGCAAGGACCAACUGGACUACCAGGAGAUAAAGGUGCAGUGGGAGUUCCUGGAUCUCAUGGGAAAGAUGGCAAAGAUGGCGAAAUUGGUCCAUUAGGACCAAGAGGUCCUCCAGGAAUUCCAGGAUUGGAUGGAGAUGUGGGUGAUCCAGGAUUCGACGCGACACCAACGCCGUUUAUCCCUGGACCGCCUGGUCCAACAGGUGACAUUGGACCUAUUGGGCCUUCUGGACCAUGCGGAAUGCCAGGGCUUGACGGGCCUCCAGGACCUCCUGGUAAAAGAGGACUUCCUGGUCAAGAUGGACUACCGGGAAAUCAAGGAGCUCCUGGAUUGCAAGGACCAGUCGGAAAAGUUGGAUCAGAUGGAAAUCUUGGAGUCUGUCCUACGUACUGUGCUACAGAUGGCGGUGUAUUUUUCGUAAAACCUCCAGACUGGUUUGAAGACUGA